CCUUUCUUUUUUUCUUCUCUCCUACAAUCCCAACAUACAAACAAGAGGUUUUACUUUUCCCUCCUUCGCCUUUUCUCUGUCUGCCAAAUUUUCCCUCCUUCCAAACAUAGCCUUCUUCUCCUUUCUCCUUUCUCCUUUUUCCCUUCUCAGUUAUCACUUGUUAACUCAGCCGCUUCCUCCGUCGUCUUCCACCGUUCGUCGGUCGACUACUCCACUCAUCUCUUUCAAGAAGAAUGGUUUCGGGUCUAAUCAAUGCCAAUCCUGUGGUCUAUGAAAAGAAAGAGCGUCGGGUCCGAGGUGCUAUAAGUGAUGUAGAUGAGUAUGCAGUCGAACCAAUCGACCAACAAGAAAUUUUUGAUCAUAUUCGAGAUAUAAAAGAUCCAGAGCAUCCUUAUUCUUUGGAAGAGCUCAAAGUAAUAGCAGAAGAUGCAAUUGAAGUGGACGACCAUCGUAGCUAUGUUAGGGUCACUUUCACUCCCACAGUUGAACAUUGUAGUAUGGCAACUAUAAUUGGUCUUUGCUUACGGGUGAAACUCCUAAGAAGCCUACCUUCUCGUUACAAGGUGGAUAUUCGAGUUGCACCUGGAUCACAUGCAACUGAAGCAGCCGUUAAUAAGCAGCUAAAUGACAAGGAAAGAGUUGCAGCAGCAUUAGAAAAUCCAAGCCUUUUGGAUAUGGUUGACGAAUGUUUAGCUCCCACCUUUGGUUCCUGAACUAAAGCAUAUAUAUUACAAGUGAAGCUCGCAAUAACACUACAUGCUUCUCAUUAUGUGAUGCAAUUUUGGCCUCUUCUCUGUUUGUAUAUGAUUGAUUCAUCAAGUUUUGAAGAAUCUAUUUAUCGUUGAAAGCAAGCCAGAGCUAUAGUUUGUCAUCACAAUAAUCAAAGUUUUGUGAUACAUUUAAUUUAAUCUUGGUUUUUAGCUUUUAGUUUUUUGUACAUUGAAUUUAUUUAGUUAAAUCAUACAACACUUUGUCAUAGAAUAUAGAUAAAAGGUUUAUUACCA